AGGCAGACCAUGUGUCGUACCAAGUCACAGGACAUCUAGCAGCCUUUCGUUCACGACGCAUUUUGCCUUAGCCUUUUGCCGCGCCUUUACGACUACCAACAUGAAAAAAUCUGUCGGUCUUGUCCUUCUUCUGAUUGCAACCUUUGCCUACUCCAGUGUGGGGUCUCCUGGAAACAAAAAGGGAACCCCCCCAAUCAAAUAUAAAUCACCCGGUGUAAGCACUUCAGAAUGUAAAUCUUCAGUGGCGAUGAUCAUAUUUGAAAAUCAAGACCUCAAAAAUGCCUUGAGCGCCUGCAAGUCGGAUCCAAAGGGAAGAGCAGCCUUGACUGCCCUCAGAGCCCAAGCUACCUGCAGGGACUACGAGUUCAAGGAGGACAAUGGCGGCAAGUGCAAUGAAGUUGCAGCUCCCUACAUGAAAUGUGUAGCUGGAAAACUUGGUUACUUGAAAGCUGGUGGCUCCAUCGACGGCGCUAAGAUCUUAGACCGGUACAGGAAUUACGCCGUCUCUCUCGGUAGUCGCUGCAGAGAUUUGUACGACUCCGCUUUGGGGAAGUGUGGCACUACCAUCAGCAACUACGCGUUCCUGGGGAAGCUCAAAUGCCUCACCACGGCGAUAAACCAGUCUGGGUGACCUGCACAAUCUGGCCCUCAUUCCUUCAUCUGACUGGCGGCUUUGAAGUGUUCACAACAGGUUGAAAAAGUUUCUGAACACUUCAAAAUGGGAACUUGGAACUUUUACACAGCUUGGACGAAAUAAUUUACAAUAUAUUAGGUGCAUGA